GUUUGAAUGAACGAUUUGAUGCCGUAUGACCUUCGGUUGUGUAGCCGUCUCAUCUGAAUUGCAGAGUCAUCCACCAAAUUUGUUUGGCAACUGAGUUAAGUACCACUGUCAAAUCACCUUUUUUAACGUUCAGGAUUCUGGUAAGCCAUUAGUUGAGUGGAGGUGACAAGUAUUCUACAAACAUAUUAUCAGCUACAGAGUCUUGUGAUAAAUAGAGUUAUAACUGAAGUGAGAAAUGACUGAACAAUCUGCACUUAUAUCUUGCUUAUUAUCAACACCUGUAAGUGCAAGUCUUGGUUGUGCACGUUCGGAACUGCGAAAUACGCAGUCCCCAUCUGUAACAGUAUCUGACGGCAUCAAACUUUUACGGCAUGCUGUUUUAUCUGGAGAUUCUGAUAAAGUUCACAAACUAUUAAAAUGUCCAAAUGUUUCACCAGUUGACCAUGGUGUUGAUAUGCCUAUUAUCUGUAUGGCUGCUCUAAAAGGUUAUGUAGAUAUAGUUGGUUUACUUAUCCGACAUGGUGCAUCAGUGAAUGCACGAUCUACUGAUGGGUCUACUGCUCUGUUAUAUGCUUCCGAUGGUGGUCAUCUUACUGUUUUAUCACUGCUUCUGAAUGCUGGUGCAUUGAUUAAUGUUAUUAACUGUCAUGGAGACACUGCCCUUUCACGUGCUACUCGUCGUGGAUGGGUUCAGUGUGCACGAUUUCUUUUAAGUUACGGCGCCAAUCCUAAUCCUAUGCCAUCAGAUGGGCAUACUUUUGUAGUAGCCCCUUUACAUUUAGCCCGCCAAAUGCAUCAGUCAAUUAUUGAACAAGAUAUUAUGAAAAGAACUAUCGACAUUGAUAAAGCUAUGACUGGAAUAGUAUCGACUACACUACCGGAUCAUCUAACCUUAAUAGAACCAGGACAUCUACCAGAUACAGUGUCUUCAAGUUUAUUUCCUGUUCAGCUUAUUUCUUCAAAAGAACUUAGCCGUUUUAUUCUUUAUUUUAAAACACCAUCUGGUUACGGUUCUCGUGGUACACAAACAAGUAAUAAGGAAUCGCCUCAUGGAUCAACACCAUCCGAUGAAUUAAUAUUUGUCUAUAUUAUUCGAGCUCAAAUAUGUGAUAAUCAUGUAUCAUGUUGGCUUACUGGACCGACUUUAGAAUCUUUAUCGUUAAGUUUUAAUGGAACAAGAAAGCACUGCACUAGGAUACCAUUAUCAUCUGAGUACUCUGGAAUUUGCGUGUAUUCAGUAUCGACAGUUAUCCGAAGUGGUGGUCUAAAUACUAUCUGUUUGGAGUCGAGCAUACAAAAUUCUUCAGAUGGGGAAAUUGCCCAGAAUACCCUAAACGACUCAGUUAUUCUUAUUGGAGCAUAUCGUAUUCACUUAGAUGUAAAAUCUUUAAUAAUCGCUUCAAUGAAUCCAGUUUCAGGAGGAACAAGUAAAACAAGCAUAUACAUUCCACAGUCAAUAAUGUAAAAAUAAAAAUACUAAUGAUUGAAACAUACGGCUUCAGUAACACGCCUCCAUUCCACUCUGUCCUCUGAAAUCUUUUAGACCUGGCACCACGACUGCCCACAAGCUCUCAUUUCUUCCUUACAUGAUCUCUAUGUCACCCUCACCUCGAACGCCCAACUCGCCGUUUCCCAUCCGGGUCCCACUCGAUGGCCUGCUGCAUGAUGUCCCGAAUGGUCUUCUCAGUGCAUGCCCAAUCCAUCUACACUUCUGCAUAUUUGUUGCGUAAUAGGUCCUUGGUUGAUCCGUUCCCAGAAUUCCAUGUUGCUUAUUCUUUCUAGCUAUCCGAUCGAAUGCCCAUAAACAGAGAUAAUGUUUACGUUUACCACCCGAUGCGUAGUUCAAACAUGUCUCCGAGUAUAUACCAACUGGAUUCUACGAAGAAAAGGGAACUUGAAAUGUUUGACCGAUUCAUAUCACUUGAUGAUAACUGAAUGAUACUGUACGUGACCCAUGUGAAAACUGCAACAUAUUCUCAUCAGCAUUCUUACUCCAUUUUUGAACUGUGUAUGUAACUGUUUAUCACUGAAUCUAGUAAGUUACUUCGGCUUAAACAAAUCUUGAUCUGAUUACCACUUUUCGCAUUACAUAUUGUUUAUAUUAAGAUGCUUUAUAUGAUAUUCCCUUACUUUGCUGUUGGACGUUAGCGAUCAAUAGACAAAAACCGUGAGACUAAGUUACAUACUUCGCAGGACUUAUGAAGAAUGAAUGUUUGCAACCAUGAAAAAACUGGUGUUCGAUAGACAAUUCAAAUCUGCCUUACCCAAUGCUGAAUAUAGAAAAUACUAACAAGUUACCCAGGCCAUGACUGUCGAGUGUCAACAGUUUACCCUUCCUACCGAUUAACUACUCUUAGCAUCGGUUACUAAUAAGCGAUCUUUUCAUGUACAUGCGAUUAUGCAGUUUAAAAAUAUCACUGAGAAAAGUAACUCUGUUAUCAUACCUCAAUGUCAUAAGAGACAAAAAGACAAUCUUAUAUACAUUAGUAGGAUUUCAUCGAACGUCAAUAUGACCUUUAGUUGACACUUCACUAACUGUAAAUUAGUUGAAUAAUUAACAAUUAUAUCAUAUUCUGAGUUUCAUUUAAUAAACAUAUACAAAAGCUUACAAAAAUUUCAUUAUCACUU